GUAGAUAUUUUUCGGUGGAUUCAUGCUACAACAAGGCGAAAUGUUCAAGAACUUUUGUUAGAAUUUUGUCUUGAUGAGCCAUUUGAGUUACCAUAUUGUGUUGCAUCUUGUGAAUCUUUGCAAGUUUUAAAGCUAAACUUGUCUGGGGACAUACUCAAACUGCCUAAUCAUUUGGGAUUUUGUCAACUGAAAUUGCUCCAUCUUGAGAACGUGGAGUUAUCAGACCAGCAAUUGACAAAUUGUUUGUUCUCAAAAUGUCACCUCCUCGAAAAUUUGAUUUUACACGAAUGUAGUUUAGGAGCCAUGACACUACUUGAUAUUGCUUCAACAUCUCUUAUUUAUGUUACUUUUGGAACUGACUAUUAUAAUGUGGAGAGUUAUGGCGAUUGUGAAGUCAAAAUUUGUUGCCCCAAUCUCAAGUUCUUAAAAUAUAAAGCUCCAAUGCCAAAGGAUAUAAUCUUUGAGAAUCUGUUUUCAAUAGAAGAUGUUCGUAUCGUCUUUACUGAUAGGAUCCGCUCACUUGAAGAAACUGGUAUACUCGUGCAUAAGAUGAUCAAAGAGGUUCCUUCUACAUCAGUUUUGAAGCUAUGCAAGGCUUCCUUUUCGGGUCUGUAUGAAGCGAAUCAAAAGGAAGACUCUCUCGCGUCUCCUUUUAUAAGCUGAAGUCCUUAAAACUGAAAGUGGGAAUUGAUGAAGAUGUUAUGCAAGUCAUGAUGUUAUUGCUCAAAUAUUCUCCUAAUCUGGAGGUUCUAAAAUUGUGGUCCGAGGAUGAAUUCUGGAGUGUGAAUUGGAAGCUGCAUGAUCCUGAUGAAAGCAUUGUAUGCUUGGAAUCUCAUCUAAAGUCAAUUCAGUUGAAUGGUUUCAAAGGUCAACAAAACGAGAUAGAACUACUAAGGUUUUUUCUGAAGAAUGCACAAGUUUUGGAAAAGCUGACGAUUGUUUGGGACGAGUAUGCUUCUAAAUCAGAAAAGGCAUCAGUUGAGGUUUUGAAGUUUCCUAGAACGUCUUCACACGUUUUUCUGACAUUUCGUGGUGCCAAGCCCAAACCAAGUUCUCCUAACUGGAGCUGUUGGAUGCAGAGGUUGUUGAUAGUACUCGUAGCUGGUCAUUGGAGAUCGCGAGGUAGCUGCCGGCGUUCGCAACCCUGCUUUCUUCUUCCCUAUCUAUCCUUAUUUUCUGUAUUUUUUGAUUCCAGACUAUGUUACGUCUUGUUACUUUUGGGUCGGGUAUGUUAGAUACUCAUGACUAGUGACAUCCCGAUGUCGGGCUUUAUUUCCGUACUUAUGUUUUGGGGUUCACCCUGUUUUAUGGCAAAGAUUUCAGUUAUUUUAA